GAAUAAUGCCAAGUUGAGUACUGGUACCGUGCGCAUCUGCUGCUCAGCACAAUGUUAGACUCUUUGGCACUCCUGUUGGAGAAAGCAUUCGUUGUUGCGAUUUUUUAUUUUUUCAGUGUAAUACCUUUCAAAAAAGAGAGAAAGGACAUCAAAUGUCCAAAGCGCACAGAAGAAACGAUGCAGUUUCAGCGCGGGGACCUUUUGGAGGUUCCACGUACUUUGUUCGUUCAUUUUGGCAUUUAUUUGGGCGACGGCAAAGUGGCACAUCUCAUGCCGGAUAUCCUGCCAGUUUUGACGAGAAAUAAGUGUCAUAUACAAAAUGUAGUUACGAAUAAGCGACUGCUUCUAGGCGUGCUCUACAAGUACGCCACCAUUCGCGUGGACAAAGUGGAGGACUUUGCAUAUGGAUCACCAAUAUCAUUGAACACGAUGGACACAACGCUGAGAAAGACACCUCUCGCUAACGAAGAGGUAGCGUUAAGAGCAGAAAAGCUCGUUGGCAGGAUUCCGUAUAGUCUUUUGUGGAAUAACUGUGAACAUUUCGUCACAUACUGCCGCUACGGCACAGGGAUCAGCUUGCAGACUGACAAGUUCUGUGAGUGCCUGAAGUCCGUUAUCCGAGAUCAGAGAAGCGUCCUUAUUACGACUCUCAUCGGAAUGUUUUCCAUAUUUUUCCUAGGACUAACGCCGGCCACAGCACUUCCAACCGUUCUCAUUCCCUUCGUUUUAUGGAUGGCUGGUUAAAACACUUUUGUCAUGUCCAUACCCGGCGGAGCUAGAUAUGUGCCGCUGAAACACUUUUAAAAAUGUUAUUUAUCUAAGUUUAUUCACUUUACCAAAUAACAAGUGACAUCAAAAUGUCAGAAACGUUAAUAUGUUUAGUACAAUUUACAAUUUAGUAAAAAUUUAAAUAUUUCGUACUGUACACGGUCAACAUUAAUACGUGUUCAGAACAAUCUGUAUAUAAAUGGUUUCUCUUUAUAACUUUAUCUUAUAGCUGGAUACCACUCUUCUAAAAUGGAGGACAGAAUGAACAAAACACACAUUACUCUUGUUGCUUAAUUGUGAUGACGUUUCCACAAAGAAAGUAUCAAUAAAGUAAUAUUGUCUUAAAACGA